AAUAAUAAUAAUAAUAAUAAUAAUAAUAAUAAUAAUAAUAAUAAUAACAAUAGCAUUUCUUUACCUUUCAACUUGAAUAAUAUAAAUAACUUGGGUAACAACCCGAGUAAUAACUUAAGCAAAAAUAUGAAUGACAAUUUAAACAAUAAUUUAAUGGAUAAUUUAAUUAAUAUUAUCAAUAAUAAUGAUAAUAAUAAUUUUUUAAAUAAUUUAAAUAAUAAUCUGAAUAAUGGAUUUAAUAGUUUCACAAAUAAUUUGAACAAUAAUUUAGUCAAUAAUUCAAGCUUUUUAAAUGGUAAUGCUUAUGACGAUUUUGACAUGAAUUUAUAUUCAGGAAGUUAUUCAAAUAAUUAUUCAAAUGUCAACCACAUAAUAGGUCGAAAUGUUUUUUUUAAAAACAGUGGUAGUUUUAAUAAUGACAAUAAUAAUAAAGAUCUCACAAAUAUCGGGAUUCUUGCUGAUUCUAUUAAUAAUGAUAAUGAUUUAAAUUCAAUGAUAAAUCAAGCAUUGAAUUCAGAGAAUUUAAAUAAUUUCGGUGAAGUCAAUAAUAUUAACUCUCCUUCCAAUCUCAUUGGUGUCAGAGAUACCAAUUACAGUUUAUUUUUGACAAAUAAUAACAAUAAUAAUAAUAAUAAUAAUAGUAACAGAAAUUCUAUCAAUAGUAUAAUAAAUAGUGAUGCUAAUAACAAUAGUAAAGUCAAAAUCAAUAUAGAUGCUGCAGAAGAAACUCCAGAUCGUGUUAAUAGUGAUAACAAUAUCAGCCAUAUAAAUCAAAAUUCAAUGAGCAGUGGAGUAAGUGUUUACAGCAACCAAAGUGGUAACAGUCCUUCAUAUGGAACGAUUUUCAAUAUACCCAAUUUCAUUUCAGAUGAAUUCAAAGAUUUUUCAAAUCAGAAAAAUUACAAAUAAUUGGUCUUCAUUGAACAAGUGUCAUUUGAGAACAGAAAUAAAAAAAAGUAGACCAAUUAAUGUUGUUUUAUAGAAUUUUUAUGUAAGUAGUUAUAAAAUAGAAGCAGCAGCAAAAAAAACAUGCGAAUUCUGUGGAUCGAACACAGGACCUUCAGAUCUUCAGUCUGACGCUCUCCCAACUGAGCUAAAUCCGCAAUAAGACAAUAUGUACUUUACCCUUUCAUAAUCGAUCACAAACUAUAAACUCUUUUUUAAUCAAGUUUAAGCAAAACCUUC